AUGAAGCCAACAUUUGCUGCUGCGACAGCCGCAGUUGAACCUUCUUCCCAACAUUAUGACCACUAUUAUUCUUCCACAUCCUCUUCAACUCCCAGAGCAUUUUCUCCAGAGCGGAGUUACAGCCAACGUCCUCAUCAAUACUCGUCAUCAUCUUCUUCUACAGCCUUUUCCUCCUCUUCGUCUUUUUACACCCGUCACCAUCCCGCAGACGAUCAACAUUAUAGUCAGCAUCGGCACCAAUCAGGCGGCUAUCGCCAGCAUUCAUCAGAGUACACUGAAGAUUCACGCAGUCACCCUCACCACUCGCAUCGGUAUGCAGAUUCAUCACAGUCCUCACAUUCUGAACCCCAGCCCCAUAGCUCCUAUUCUCCGCGCCCAACUGGUGCCCAACAUGCAUAUCAUCAGUAUACACAAAACUACCAUGCUUCCGGACAAAAUGCCAAACACACUGAGGGAUAUGAGGGUAAAGUGCGUAACACAACCCGAGACAACAACGACCAUUUAGUAACAGAUUCAUCUGCCAGGGACCAGCAACAUCACCAUGAUCAGUAUGAUCGUGAUCCUACUUAUGGUUAUUUGAAAGCACAUUCACCGCGUUCACCAUAUUCUCCAGCAGAUGAGAGUCCUCCCUCAUUAAAAUAUAAUUUACCACCUAUCGAGGUGCCAGAAGAACCCUUCUACCGCAGUGAUCUUCCUGGUCGCCACAUGCGCUAUUUUAGCAAUGUGACCAGCCAGGACCGCGAGAACAGUGAUGGUUACUUUUCUUCAGCUCGACAUGUUGCGCCAAGCAACACGACCGGUAAUUUUGGUCACGGGCCAUCCAUUAGCCAGUCGUUGGAACGAUUCGAGAAUACUCGACAACGGCAAUGGCUUCAGCAGCAGCGUCAGCAAGAGCAACACGAGCAACAAGAACAGCAGCCUCAAGGUGCUCGCUUACCCUCCCUCUAUACUGCAUUGCCUGAGCAACGGCCAAGUGGUAGUUCAUCUUCGAUGACACAAAGGUAUGAGCCACAACAACCACAGUCGCUGGCUCGUGCACGCUCGCCUACACGUCCUAUAUUAGAACAUCGUCAUGGAUCAGAUCAUCCUUACCAAGAAUUCUCUCAGCAAAGUCAGCAGUCGUCGCAGCCAUCAGGUCAAAUGAACAAGGUCAAGCCACUCCAGCCACGUUCAAUCGCACCAGCACCUACUUCCUCAAUUCAUCACAAACCUCUCGCUUCUCCAACUACAACAACCUUUGCUCAAAGAAAGGCAGCAGUUGUCCAUUCUUCUGCUCGACAUAGUAUGAUGAAGAUUGAACCCAAAGAUUUAGACUUCAUUGCACCCUAUCAUCAUGUACAGCACUAUCGACAGCAUCAGGAACAGUACCAGUCAUCAGCAUCAAGUGAAACACGGCACGAUAUCAAACGCAAGUGGGAUCGGGAUCAUUCUCCCAUCCGUACUGACACACGCUUGAAGCCAUCCCUCGAGCCAGUCCAGCAGCUGACUGAGACAGCCUCUCAAGAACUACAUCUCCUUUCGCACCGUUCAAUUCCUUCUAUACAAGCUCAAUUACGUGCAUCGGUCCAGAAGAAGAACAUCAUCAACGAUAACCAGCAACAGUCUAUGCGAACAAAAAUACAGCGCUAUCAGAUGACAACAAUCCGAUGCUGGCAUGGUGCCAUCGCUCAAAAGUCAUAUGGCAUCGAGAAGCGAUACCUCUGUCCCCCGCCCAUGGUUCAAGUGUCUGCAGGCGUGAAUACAAAGCUUAUUCGUGAUGAACAGCCUCAUGUGAUCAUGUCUAUCUUACAUGAGAAGCUGAAUGGUGGUCCUGGACGCCAGGCCCAGAGCGGUAGCGAGAACUUAAUGGAGCAGGAUUGUGCCCUUGACGAUCGCCUCAAGUGCUCGUUUAGAAACCUUCAUGUAACAGGCACUGGCUCAGAUAGCUCCAAACGAUUCAAGCUUGGUCUGCAAGUCUUUUUGAACAAAAACUCGGCCAUCCCGACAGCCAUUAUGGACUCGAACCCAAUUCCAAUUAUCUCUAAACCAUCCAAGAAGACCGCUAAGGCUGGUAAUGCCUCUUGUUUCAUUUUGAAUGGAAUGAGCGUCUCUCUUCUAAAUCGUAUCAACGCCCAAACAGUGCGAACAAAAUACAUGGCAGUUGAUAACAACGCAGUCUGUGCUAAGAUUGGUUCUUGGUCUUCUUUUACGAUUAAGAUGGUGAAGCCUCCUCCAGCACCUCCAGUCAAACUGACCACAACUAAUAAUGUUAACGUAUUCCGGACCCCUAAUCACUCGACCAAGUAUGUACCAAUCCGCAUGAAGGGCGAUGGUGGUCAGCCCGUUGGUAUAGCAAGGCAGCCAGAGCAGACCGCCACAUCAUACCACCAGCAGCAACAACAUGGUCCAUACCGCCAUCAGCAGCAACCACAUUCGUCGCAGUCGCACAUAGGUUAUCAUCAACAGCAGCAACAGCGACAUCAGCAACAACAACAGCAACAGCAGCAGCAGCAGCAGCAACAAGACCAGCAGCAAGAGUCCAAUUACGUUUUCUCCAAUUCUGAACCAGUGCUUUAUGGCUCAGAGAUUGUUCUCAUCAACGAUUUGACUGGGAUCGCAACGGACCGCUUAAUCAUCCGCAAGGUCGAGAACGGCAAGGUGAUUCGCAAUGGAAGCGGACCUGUUAGCCAGAUGCAAAAGAUUGUAUUGCAGCAUCCGGACCGUGUCCAUUUAGAAGAUGGUCGUCCUUAUUAUCUCAGCGCAUCUUCUAUUGGUAGCCCCAAAAUCGAAGGCAAGAUUCCACUGCAAGCCGCUAUGGAUCGCAGUCCUUUACUUGAGUAUAGGACGUCGUCCAAGAAGGCUUCUAUUUUGGAUUUGACAGAGAUUUCCGAGGAAAAUGAAGACGAAUACUAUACAGAUGAGAGCUACCAUGGUAGACAUGGCCAGGCAUCUAGACGCGUUUCAAAGGGAAAUGAGAAUGUCUCAGUCGAUGACUUUGUCUGUUGGACCAUCGCUGGUAUUGCCAAAUUUGACUACACUUAUUUCGGGCCAAUCCCACUAUCAAACGACAAUGAGGUGAAUCCUCAUAAGAUACCUCAGGUACUUUCGCACCCACGCUACAACAGCCAGUCCAAUACGCUGAUGAUGAAGGUCAAGAACGUGUUCGAGAGGCUUUCAGCGGCUGAUGAGGAGGCCCGUCUUCGAUCCACGUAUAUUGAUGACCCUUAUGAACGUAAAAUGAGUCUCUCUGAGUUUGUGUACCGGCGAUGCGAAGAUGUGAGGCAGCCUAUGGAGGAUGAAGAAGGCCCUAUUCAACUCUGGUUGGCGCAGCAUGGCCCUAUCCGUAUGAGACGUCGUCUAUUGAAGGAUGUACUUCCCUCAGGAUCUGAGGAAACAGAAAAUGGGGCUAGUCAACAGGAUCAAAAUGAUAAUGAUGAGGAUGAUGCCUCUGACCUCGAGGCUGAAGUCGAAGCCAAGCAGCAACAGCAACAACAACAGCAGCAAAUGGAAGACAAACUGCCCAAAAUCCCAACAAAGCCCAACGCAGCGUACAGUCAUCAGCAACUAAAGCAUCAACAGCAGUUAAAACAGCAACAACAAAUGCAAACUCAACAACAACAGCAGCAAUCUGCCAAGCGUGCUAAGAUACUCAGACGCCCAAUGGGUUUGGAGGCAGAGCUGCCUUAUGGCUGUGAAGUACGUGCUGCUAUUGACAGUGAAGGCAAUGCGCAUGCAGAAAUGGACCUUUUGAUGGUGGAGCGUGCUUCGGGUAUUGCUUACCCAACUGGCUACAAGGUUGUAUACUCGCGUAGCAAUGAAAGCACCGAGUGGACUGUUGAAGUUGUCAUAGCCUAA